UGAGUCAUGUUGUGCUCUCAAAAUGUAUAUCUUUAUAAGCUGUCGAGAGUUACUACAAAUACUCUUUCAGCAAAUUAUUUUGAUCAUUAUCGGUCAUGUCGCCAUGCAGGAAAACAAUCGAGUUGUGGCCGGGUGCCAUUUCAGACACCAUUCAUACAGUCCAGAGGACUAUUUGCCAGCUGUCCUCUUGUUUUACUCUUGUCUCGAUUUUGUCUCCAUAGACUGUGGUUUUCUCCCGCUGGCUCUUUUAGACACGCCUAUGGCAGAUGAAGCGUGUGCUGCUUCAUUCGCGAUAGGGUGCAGUUUCAGUGGUAUCGACCGGUUUUGUACCUCUAAACUUAAAAAGCACAGUUGUAAAAAAAUCCUCAAUAACAUGUAAAAUAUGCAUUUACCAAUGUUAAUAUGUAUGUUAUUUUAAAUAAAAAUUGGAGAAUAUUUCAGAUACAGGGUGAGCCCCCCAACCCGCGCACAUAUACAGUUGGUAUAGUCCAGUGGCUUUUGGCUGGCUUGAGCAGACUCCACAUCCAGCUGCACUGUGGAGUCACCGGCACGCGCGCAUCUGCGGGAAUGGAUUGAACGGAGGGUGUGUAUUGGGCUGGAUACUGCAAAGAAAGGUCACAGCUGCAGACUGAACUCGGAUAUUGUUGAAAACUGCAGAGUAACAAAAAUAAACAUGGAUUGUAAGGAGGAGAUCAGUGACUCUGACAGCGGGAUCAUUUUGAACUCUGGCCCAGACAGUCCCACGUCUCCGGUGAAGGACCUGAGCACUCACACACGUGCCAUGAGGCUGAAGCAGCAAGCCCUUGAGGACAGACUGGAGCUUUGUGUCCUGGAGCUAAAGAAACUCUGCAUUAGAGAGGCUGAGCUGACUGGAAAGCUGCCCCCCGAAUACCCUCUCCUGCCGGACGAGAAGCCUCCGCAAGUCCGGCGACGCAUUGGAGCCACUUUCAAACUGGAUGAGGGUUUCAUUUCACAAGAUGGCGAGGAGUCUGAGCUGCACGCGCUCGAGGCUGAUCUCGCCCUGCAGCGGCAGAUUUAUGAGGCAGCCCGAAAGCUCUCCCUCGAGGAGCACAUCAGCAAACCGGUGAAGAAAAGCCGACUGCAGCAGUGUAAACGUGAAGAGAAGAAGCUGAAAGAGCUGCAGGAUGCGAUACUGAAACACCGCAUCAACCACGGCUGUGUCUCUCCACAGACCUGCUAUUCUUCCAGACAGAGAGAUCUUUGUAUGUCUGAUGACAGCUCGCUGUCUGAUGCUGUUGCCUUAGAUGAUGCCGUUCUGGGGUCUUCCAUGGACAGCGGUUUCCAGUGUCUGACUCUCUUGCCCAAAAACGGCCCAAAGCAAUCGAGCUCCAGUUCCAGUCUGGACUAUGAUGCCUCACCCAUCCAGAACUCUCCAUGGAAGGAGUCCAGCCUGGACCAGCCCUACCAGAAACAAAAACCUUCUCACUCUGUCUGCAGCAGCCGCUCAAGCAGCAGUCCAACAGGCUCACCAACAGACACGAGAAUGGCUGAACUUCCUCCAGCACCCCAGUUUGUGUUUAAGAGUGUGCGAAACAAUCAGCCAAACAGCGCCCCCUCCACCCCAGAGCUGCCACUGCGCCGACAGUUCUCACAGUCCUUCAGGCUUCCCAGAAGCAAACCAGAGUUGACCAAGGCCAGUUCAGACCUGGGACGGGGCCGGACCAAGUUGCCACAACGACGAGUGACCGAUUUCACAUUAGCCUACUCAGUUCAACGUUUAUAUCAGUGCAGCUCUGAAGACAGCAGCUCCGAGCUUUCCAUUUCCUCAUACAGCAGUUCCUCCAGCCGAGAGAUGACCACCGAGGCACCUAAACCCUGUCCGCCUCCAUAUGGCUACCAUCGCACCACUCCAAAUAAAGGACCAAGCCAGAUCCACACCCACAGUACACUCAAAAACAACAACAAAAACCCACCUCACCUUGUGCCCGGCCCCAAUCGAGUGAAGAUUAUCAAUGGGACUCAACUUCAGGCAGACAUGACAAGGCUGCAACUCAGACAGAAUACACAAUCUGAUCCUGUACAUACUAAUAAACCUCAACAAGUCGAGGUUACCUCACCCAAACAAAUGCUCAAGCCUCCCCCGCCAUACACAAAGGUGGUCCGCACGACAUCACUAAGAGAAUAUCCCAACCACCCCAGCAGUGUGCUUCCUCGAGAUUUGGUAUCAGGGGAUCUAAAAACCUGGCACCAGAAAAACAAUAUAGGCAUAUCCAAACCCCGCUCACUUGAACGGCAGGGAUCGAUUCGAAUCAAGCGUCCAGAGCCGCCGCCCUACCACCAGAUUCCCUCUCAAAAACAGAAGGUGAUUCUGCAAAGGGCUUCGGAUGGAACGCCGCUGCAGUGGUACGAAGAAGAAGACUCUGAGAUCGUGAGUCAGGUGUAACCAGGUAGAAGAAACCCUGGAGGAGAUGACACAAAGAAUAAGUGAACUCUCAUUGUACAUGUGUUUAUUUUUAUUUAUUGAGCCAAUGGACUCACCGAUGUAAUCUGAUUAUGUUCAUUCUCACGAGACUUUUUGACCAAGUUGGAGCUGAGCCAGUGUAUUCCUCGAUUCCGUAUAUGCCUACAUUUGUGAUUAAAUAUCAAGUCUAAGACUUCCUUGUAAGGCAUCAUGCCAGAUGUUUAUGAUGAAUGUAUAAUACAAUUGUAAUUUUAUUGAUGUCAGGAAAGUGGGGCCCACCUUUUGCAAAUGAAUGCCCUCAUGGAAAUGACAUAAUUUAGUAUAUAUUUGUGUCUGGUACACGAUUCUUCAUAAUUAAUGUAUUACAGAAUGUCUUCGUUUCCCCAUGAGUUUAAUUUAACACAUUAUGAAUUAAUAUAUUAUUUGUCCAUAUUUUUUAUUUGUGAAUUAAUAUUGCCCUUUUCCUAACAAUUUUUUUUAGUGAAGUGUUGCUCUGCUACUGUAAUACGCAUUGUCAGAAUAAUCCAUCUGUGAGUUUUAAUGAUACAAAAUGCAGAUGUUUUACUUCCUGUUUGUACACUAACUAAUUAUGAAAUAUAUUUUAUAUUAUUUAUAACACACUUUAAUAAACAAUAUUACAGAUCCUCACUAUUGCCUUGUGCAUUUUUUCAUGAUUUCAGAU